CCUGGGUGUGGCUCCCCUCUCCCCUCCUGAGGCAAUCAACAGAGCUCUACACAAAGCUCAGCCCUGGACAGACUGCAGUGGAGAGCCUUCAGCUCACGGAUAAGAUCAGCUCCUCCAGGAAGGAUGCAGAGGCUCACAGAGCUGGCCACUGCUUUGGGUACCUUCUUGGGCCUGCUGGCAGUGGCAGCAAUGGCAGGCCCUAACUUCCCCCAGAUAGACACCCCCAACAUGUUGCCUGCCCACCAUCGCCAAAAGAGAGACUGGAUUUGGAAUCAAAUGCAUAUAGAUGAAGAAAAAAAUGAAUCGCUGCCCCACUAUGUGGGAAAGAUCAAGUCCAACGUGAACCGUCAGAAUGCUAAGUACGUGCUCCAAGGAGACUUUGCUGGCAAGAUCUUCGGGGUCGAUGCUGACACGGGGGAUGUGCUUGCCUAUGAGAGGUUAGACCGGGAAAAGAUCCCUGAGUACCUCCUUACUGCCCUCAUUGUGGACAAGAAUACCAACAAAAACCUGGAACAGCCCUCCAGCUUCACUGUCAAGGUGCAUGACAUAAAUGACAAUUGGCCUGUGUUUACACGCCAGGUAUUCAACGCAUCUGUGCCGGAGAUGUCAGCUAUAGGGACCUCUGUCAUCCGUGUGACAGCAGUGGAUGCAGAUGACCCCACUGUGGCUGGCCACGCCACUGUCUUGUACCAAAUCGUGAAAGGAAAUGAGUAUUUCGCCAUUGAUAAUUCUGGACUCAUUUUCACAAAGGCCAAAAAUUUGGACAGAGAGACACGGGCUGAAUACAAGAUCGUGGUGGAAACACAGGAUGCCCAGGGUCUUCGGGGAGAGUCAGGCACAGCCACUGUGCUGAUCAAACUGGAAGACAUCAAUGACAACUUCCCCAUCUUUACUCAGUCUACAUACACAUUUUCGGUGCCUGAAGACAUCCGUGUGGGCAAGCCUUUGGGCUUUCUGUCUGUUGAGGACCCAGAUGAGCCUCAGAAUCGGAUGACCAAGUACAGCAUCAUGCAGGGCGAGUACAGGGACACCUUCACCAUUGAGACAGACCCCAAACGUAAUGAGGGUAUCAUCAAACCCACGAAGCCCCUGGACUAUGAACACAUCCAGCAGUACACAUUCUACAUUGAGGCCACGGACCCCACUAUCAGAUUCGAAUACCUGAGCAGAACUGCAGGCAAAAACAAAGCCAAGGUCAUCAUCAACGUCCUAGACGUGGAUGAGCCUCCUGUCUUCCUGCGACGUUUCUACCACUUCCAGCUGCCAGAAAACCAGAAGAAACCACGGAUCGGCACUGUGGUGGCCAAAGACCCUGACAAGGCUCAGCGCAGCAUCGGAUACUCCAUCCGCAAGGCCAGUGACAAAGGCCAAUUCUUCAGAAUAACCAAACAGGGUGACAUCUAUAAUGAGAAAGAACUGGACAGAGAAACCUAUCCCUGGUAUAACCUGACUGUGGAGGCCAACGAACUGGAUUCUAGGGGUAACCCCGUAGGUAAAGAAUCCAUUGUGCAAGUUUACAUUGAAAUUUUGGAUGAGAAUGACAACGCCCCGGAAUUUGCCCAGCCCUAUGAACCUAAAGUGUGUGAGAAUGCUGCCCAGGGCAAGCUGGUAGUACAGAUCUCUGCAACAGACAAGGACGUGGUGCCAGUAAACCCAAAGUUCAAGUUUGCCCUGAAGACCGAGGACAGCAACUUCACCCUCAUAAACAACAACGACAAUACGGCCAACAUCACAGUCAAGUAUGGGCAGUUUAAUCGGGAGCAUACCAAGUUCCACUACCUGCCAGUGCUCAUCUCAGACAAUGGAGUGCCCAGCCUGACUGGAACCAGCACACUAACAGUGGGUGUAUGCAAGUGCAACGAACACGGCGAGUUCACCUUCUGUGAGGAGAUGGCCGCCCAGGCGGGUGUCAGCAUCCAGGCACUGGUGGCCAUCUUUCUCUGCAUCCUCACCAUCACAGUGAUCACCUUGCUUAUCUUCCUGCGGAGGCGGCUCCGGAAGCAGGCUCAUGCACAUAGCAAGAGUGCGCUUGAGAUUCACGAGCAGCUGGUCACCUAUGACGAGGAGGGCGGUGGCGAGAUGGACACCACCAGCUACGACGUGUCAGUGCUUAAUUCUGUGCGUAAUGGCUCCACCAAGCCCCUACGGUCCACGAUGGACGCCCGGCCAGCCGUGUACACGCAGGUGCAGAAGCCGCCGCGCCUGGCACCUGGAAUGCACGGAGGGCCCAGGGAGAUGGCCACCAUGAUCGAGGUGAAGAAAGAAGAAGCAGACAAUGACGGCGGUGGCCCCCCCUACGACACACUGCACAUCUAUGGCUACGAAGGUGCAGAGUCCAUCGCAGAGUCCCUCAGCUCCCUGAGCACCAAUUCCUCCGACUCUGACAUCGACUAUGACUUCCUCAACGACUGGGGACCCAGGUUCAAGAUGCUGGCUGAGCUGUAUGGCUCGGAUCCCCAGGACGAGCUCAUCAUCUAGGGUUUCUGGUCUUUGGGCCUGGGGACCCAAUCUCAUUGCAACCUGGAUCAGACACCUGACACUGCCUUCCCUGUUUUCUAAGGAGUGACAUAGACUCUCCAGCCCUUGACUGUGGGUAUCAAAGACCCUUCCAUCUCCAAGGUAGCAAAUUCCAGGUCCCUUAAAUAUCCAGGGACAGAGACAUAUCUUAUCGAUGGCCUCUCCAAAAACUAGAAAAGUGAGGCUACUAUUCUAUCUGGGCUCCCACCCUGUCCCCCUCAUACAUACACACCCCAAUCUAUUCCAGACCUCCUGUCCCUUCAAAACUGCCAAGCAAACUGACUAUGCUGAACUUCUAGUCUUCCCCAAGGGUCCCUGACUGUAAGGCUGUCUGUCUGAAGGUAGAAGACUGAAUAGCAUGUGCUAUGUAUGGGACAGGACUCUCGAGCCCAAUCCAGAGGGAGGCUGUAACUGAUCCAUCAUGCCUGUUCUCAGGGGACCCAGCACUGCUUUCCCUCCCUCACACCUACCCCAAUGCCCAGCUACUCCCCAGCCCCUCCCCAGGCCUGUCCAGGGAGGAAGGAGACUGUCAGCAGCUCCUGACCUUGGAUCCUAAGGUGAUCCGGCAGGCCUGCAGCCCCAUUUACUGCUUUACUGAGCAAUGACCCAUUCCGUCAACUUCAGGGAAAUGGCUUGUCGAUGUUGAAGCAACUGUGAAUUCACCCAGGAAGGACUGUGGAGACCAUAGGUGACAGGUCAUAGAGCAAGGAUAGCCUCCAACCCACUCACCCAGAAGAGCUAAGAAGCCCCUCUGCCACUCAACCCUGUCAGGGUUGCCUGUGGGAGGCAGCUGCCUCGCCUGGUCACUCACCCUUCCUUUUCUUUUGCUGUCUGAUGGUCUCUUGGAAGCUGCCAAGAUGCAGCCUCCGCAAGCUUGGCCAAUGCCCCAAAGCAAAUGUAACUGUAUCACAGAGCCGCUAUGCCACUUGCCUUUUGCCUGGUUGCCACAUCUCAGGGAAUGAACCCCACCCCCAGGGAACACCUUGCAGAAUGCAAGACCCCCUGCCCUUUCCAGGAGCAGUGGCAUCUCUGCAUCUCUCCCUUGGAGGGAAUUGAGUAACUUUCCACUGAGUCACGGCUGGAGGAAGGGGCAUUCAGACACAAAGAGGUCCAGGUGAGGCAGAAGCGUGCCUUCAGCUCACUUUCCUUUGUGGAACCCUCCCCCAACAAGGCCUCUCUGCAGGGGACUAUAGAUAGCACUGGCAAUUGUCUAAUCAAUAAUUAGUUUCUCUUAAUUUUUUUUUUUACUAAUGACACUUAUAAGCCUCUAGUUCUCACCAACAUAUAAUAAGAUUUGUUGCGUAAUAAGCAGUUUGCUAUUUAGGUUAACAAUUUUUUUUAAUUCAGGUUUCUUAGUUAGAGGAACAAUUCCUAUAAGUUUGUAUUUCCUUCUGUAGCGAUUGCUGUAGGCUGAUGACUGUUAGUCACCCUGGUGCAUGAGAUGUACUGUACCUUUUUUUUAUAUAUCUAAAUAAAGACAUCUUGAAGUUCUUCCUUUUUCUAGA